GAAGAAAACUUAAUUAAAUAAAAAUUGGAAUAAACUCACAACAGUCAUGUCUCGUGUUUGCCAAUAAUAGCUUUGUAUAUUUUCCACGAAUUUUUCAUAUAACUAUGAACUGUAUUGUUUACAUAUGUGCUCAGUCAAGAGUGCUCUAAUCACGACGAUAAGUUUAACAUACAUACAUAUAAGCAUGCAUGUAAUCUAUCAGAUAUAAAAAGCAUUCCAAAGUGUAUGAAACCAUUUAAAAGUAAAGUACUGAUGCGACUACACAACUUGACGGCGUGUCCUACACGAUUAUUAUUUGAGAUUUGUACACCCGAUAGAGAUUUAUUUUCGGUUUCGCGAAAAUUCCGCACCCUUAAAAGUCGAAGUGCCUUCACCUCUAAUAUUCGUAAUUGCAGCAAGAAAAGUGACUUAAUCCAUCAUAAAAUUUUAGGACGCAACAGUAGCAACCAGAAGCGCAUCAUUCAUAAAAUGCUUAACCACCUGCCCUUUUUUACCAGCGGAGAAAUCGUGCAUGGCUUUGGACGCGGUUCUAAAGAACUUGGUAUACCAACAGCAAAUUUCCCCUUGGAAGUGGUGAAAGCGCUACCGGCCGAAAUAACUUUGGGUAUUUAUUACGGUUGGGCGAAUGUGGACAAUGGAGAUGUGCAUAAAAUGGUUAUGAGUAUAGGAACGAAUCCCUACUAUGACAAUCAAGAGAAGAGUAUGGAAACACACAUUCUCCAUAAAUUCGAUGGCGAUCUGUAUGGACACUUACUUAAAGUUUGUAUCGUUGGCUACCUACGUCCCGAACGUAAUUUUAAUUCACUCGAAGAACUAAUUAGUGCAAUUCAAACGGAUAUCGAAGACGCCAAAAAAUUGUUGGAAAACGUUGAGAAUAAUCGCCAAUUACAAUAUUCGAAAUUUUUCAAAACUAACAGUAACGAAAAUGGUAAAUCUACUCCAAUGAAUUUGAAUGGUGAUAAUAUAAAAAAUGGCUCAUAAAAUAUAUUGCUACCGCUGUCAGAAAUUAGCCAAAUACAAAUACGGGUAUAUUUCGGUCGCUUGGUAUCGACUGUUAUAGAAGGGUAUAAAAUGAGUUACUUAACUUGUGUAAUAUAUGUAUGUAUGUACAGGCGAUCAACGAUCGAACUGCUGGUUGCUACCAUUAUUUAUAAACUAAAUAUUGU